AAUAAAAUAAAUCCGCAUUCCAGAAAUUCUUCAAUUAAUUUUUAAUGAAAGAAUAAAAUUGUCAAAAAUCGUAAAUUAAAAUUUUUUGCCUGCCAACGUUUUCUACGCUCAUUAAAUUAUUUUUAGUUUUGCAAAAAAAAAAUCUAAUUCAAAGUCAGUCGUUCAUUGUGCAUUAUGUCCAGCGGUUUGUCGCGCCCACGGAAUUAAUUAUUUGAACAUUUUAACAUAAAAAAAAUAAUAAAUCGCGAGUUUUUGUUGACGAAACAUUUGUUAGACGAGCGAUUUGUGAUGUGUUAGAAGAAACAAGUUAAUGAAAUCCUAUUUUUAAAAUAAAUUGUCUUUUUCUUCUGAGAGACCGUGAAAACACAAUAAUAUUUGGCACGAUUUGAAAACACAAGAGAAUUAGUGUCGAAAAGACUGUCAACAAAGGGAGACCGCAAAAAAUGGAAGUUCAAAGUGAAAUUUAUCGGGAAACGGAUUUUCAGAGUGUGAAGUUGGUUGAAAAUGGGAAUAUGCUCUCAAAAUUUAAUUUUUCAAUACCGGAUGAUGACAAUGAGACUCAAGUUGAUGACGAUGGAGAUCUUGUAGUUAAGCGACUUCAACCAAAAGCCCUCGAAAUUGAACAUAAAAUCAUGACAGAUCUCCAUAACGUUGGCUUCCAAAUUUGGCGUGGCGCAUUAUUACUCGCCGAUUUCAUCAUUCACAACCGUUCGAUCUUCAAGGAUAAAGUAAUUUUGGAAGUCGGAUCGGGAGUUGGUCUCACAAGCAUCAUCGCUGCCAAAUAUUCAAAGGAAGUUAUUUGCACCGAUGUCAAUAUCGGCCAAAUUUUGACGUUAAUUGACGGAAAUAUCACACGAAACAUGAAAUUACUAAAAUCGCGGAACAUAAAAGUGACAGAAUUGGAUUUUAAUGCUGAAUGGUCUCCAUCGCUUGUGAACGAUAUAAAAAGAGCAGAUUUCGUAUUUGCUGCUGAUGUUAUUUACGAUAACGAUUUAACGGAGUCCUUUGUGAGUGCGGUUGAGAAGCUCCUAACACGUUACGAGAAUAUUCAAGCAAUUUACGUGGCGCUUGAGAAACGUUUUGUCUUUCUGCAGAACGAUUCGAUGCCCGAAGCUCCCAUGUACGAGUAUUUCGUGUUUUGCAUGGAACAACUUUUCGAGAGGCAUUUCAACGGCGGAAAGCCAAAAUACCAAAUGCGACCGGUGCCUUUGAAUUUUCCACAAUUUUUCGAGUACAACAGAUGCAAGGACUUGGUAUUACUGAAAAUAUUUCCAACUACGAGGAAAGGGCAUGAAAGGCAGGAUGCGUGAAGGAUUUUUUGUGAUUCGUGGUAGUUUAUAGGAGAAUUAAG